AUGACGUCUUUAUCUCAGCAGUUGGCAGGUAUUGCACAGCGUACAAAGGCUGUUGCCUUAGAUAGAAAACGGAGAACAAAGAUUCAUGGUGUCUCGUUUCUCAAUGAUCCAACUAUUGCAGCAACACAAGAUUAUGAGACAAUUUACUAUGAUGCCCUAGACGCACUGGAGAGAUUAGAAUCAAUAGAUCGUCGGUUUGGUAAAUUCAAGAACUCCAUCUUUAGCUUGACUUCCAUCCAAAUUGACCGGCACGUCCAAAGCCAAGAAGAAAAUGAAAACUUAACUAAAACAAUCAAUGCUUUUCUUUCCUUACUUGCUCCUUAUUGGCAUUUAGCUGUUGCAAUCAGAGCAGCAGAAUGGCCUUUGAGAAGGUUUCAAAUGAAUAUCUACAAUGCGGAACAUCUGCUAUUGACUACCUUACCUUACUUUGAUCAACCAGUUUUCCCAAGAAUUCUGUAUGUCGUCAAUGACUUGCCAAAGUUAUUCACUUGGGCUGUUAAUUUUAAAAAAAGCAAUUCCAAUCCGUCUAUGAACUCCAUGAUCAAGGUAUUCACUGAUGUUGAUUUCUUCAAUUUAUACUCGAAGUUUUUACAAGAUGAACUACAUCAUAAAAGCAACUUCACCAAGCAGUUGGUGUUUUAUGUCUCAAUGACGAUCUCAAGUAUUGCAGCAUUAUCAUCCUCAACAUCGGACAAACUAAAUUCUCUUAUUCCGUAUGCAUUGGAAACGGUUUCUUCUCUAUUAUCUUCUAAAAACGAUGAUUGUAAAACCGCUGCUUAUACCAUCUUGAUUGUCAUUUCAGCUGCAGUUCCUUUAACUAGGUCAAUUGUAUUGGCAUCCAUUGAGACUGUUUUGUUAUCUAGUACCCAAGAAACCAAAAAAAAUGCUUUGAGUUGUGUCAUUAAGCUUCUUCAAUCUAUUCAAGAGCAAGGUUUGGACCCAUUACCUGGAAAAAUCUUGCAGCUAUUACCAUCCAAUAUGCUAGAGGAUAUGGAAACCUUGAAAAAAAUUCCAAACAACGAAAAAUUUGUUUGUGUUUAUUUGAGGUCACUGAUCACUAAUAAUGGUAAUAUUGGUGUUUCCGAAACUAAAAAUCUUAAAAAAUUGGAUAUAACUUUUAGCAAACAUCAACUUUCUGUAGUCACUGCUGAUUUAUUAAAUUCAAUUAUGAAUAACUCGGCUUCUACAAACAACUACUACAUUGACUUGCUGAAAUAUUUAAUCACGGAAAAUCAAGAACUAUUUCUAGAAAAUUUGGAGAAAUUCAACAUCAAGGUAUCUGAUCUAGAAAUGAUGGUCCAAUCAACUUUAGUUGAUUCACUGCAAACAGUUCCAUCGGAUGAUGAGGUGGUUGAUAUUAAGGACUCUGAAAAUGAUGUCGACGAGAACCUACUUGAAAUUUAUGAAGCAAACAAGUCUUCAAUUAGAUCAUUCUUGGCUGACGAUGAGAAUAGUCAAAUUACAGACAAGUAUAAUCUCCUUGAGAAUUUAUUUGUGAAAAGUAUACUAAAUAAUUCUACGGCAUCAUUUUUGGAUACUUGUUUUCCGGAUAAAGAAUCGGCUGUUUCCUUCCUCUUGAGAUUAGCAACAUCCCGUUGCCCGAUAAAGUCAAGGCUUUUGUCCAUUGUAAAAUUGGUCCAGAUUGUUGAAAGUUUGGACUCUGAUGUUUUUGCUGGCACCAUCAUCCCUGUUUCUAUAACGCUGUUGAUAGAUCCAAUUCAACAAAUUAGACAGUCAGCUGUUAUUUUAAUCAAAGCUUUAGAGUCUUCUUGUUCUAGAAGUUCAGCCAAAAAAAUAUUACUAGCAGAUGUGUUAUAUGGGAGUGAAUCUCAAGAUUUUGCAGUUGUUUCUCCGAAGGAUUCCAAGCCUUUAUUAGAGUCUUUAGACGAAAGCUCACCUAACUUUAUUGUUGAUGAUACUGCAUUGUUUUCUUGUUUGGAAACUCUUCUUCAAAACAAAAAGCUAGGUAAGAUCUAUCUUGCAUUAUUUACAACACAUGCAUUAUCUGUGAAAAUUCCAGCAAUAAAGCUUAACUUGAUCAACAUCACAAUCAAAUCAGCUGAAAACCUGAAGUUUGCAGCAUCUCCAUCUACAUUGUUUGAAGAUGUCCUCCAAUUAUACGUUCAGUCUAGAGACAAGUGGAUUAAGAGGUGCGAACAAACACAAUGUGAUUCUAUCAUUUUCGAAAGAACUUUACUCAAAUUGGUCAUUCCCAAGGAAAAAAAUGAAUUUGCUAUCAAAUUUUUGGAGUCUGCAUUAGCAUCUCCAUAUGAACAGCUGUCAAACUUGGCAAAGGAUCAACUCAUCGAAAUUUUACCGACUUUAAAGUUUGAUUUCCAAAUUAAAAUUAUCAAUGACAUACUUGAAGAAUACCUCACCGAUAAUAUUGUUAAUUAUGAUCCUGUUGAGAUCUUAGAAUCUGUUGAAAUCAAAAAUGUCGUUUUUAUCGAGUUAUUGAAAAGUUGUACUUUAAAUACCAACGAACCAUCAAGUCAACCAGCAAAUUUACCAAAGAGAAGAAGAAGAUCAUCUCAGUCAACAAGACAGGCAAUGAAAGACGAUGAAGUUUCUAAUAUUGCUAGUACUCACUUAAAGAAGGUCACCAUGCUUCUUGAAAUUUUGGACGUUUCAUCCAAGAAACCAUAUUUUGAUCCAUCCUUUGAAUUGUUGAAUUUAAUUUUUACCAUUUUAGAUGACCUUGAAACACUUGGUAAGGACGGAAAACUACCAAUUUUAUAUACACAAGAAACUAUAGCUUCAUGUUUGAAAAAUAUUAUUGAAAGACUAAAAGACAUGAAUGUUGUUGUCAAGAACCCAUCUGCAAUUAGAGCUGAUGUGAUUGUCUCAGCGAUUAGAGCAUCAGAUUCACCGCAGGUUCAAAAUAAAUUAUUGCUAGUUAUUGCAGCACUCGCUUCACUAUCUCCAGAAUUAGUUUUACAUUCUGUCAUGCCUAUCUUCACAUUUAUGGGUGCACACACUAUUAGACAAGAUGAUGAGUUCUCUGGUCAUGUUGUUGAGCAAACGAUCAUUUGCGUUGUACCAGCUUUAGCUAACGCAGCCCAAUAUGGCAAGAUCGAUGAGAUUGAGUUUUUGCUUGCUUCUUUUGUUAGUGCGUUUUUACAUGUUCCAAGACAUAGAAGAGUUAGAUUAUUCACAACUCUAGCUCGAACUUUAGGUGGUGAUCUAUCGAUUCAUUUAAUUUUGUUCUUAUGUGGUCAGCAAUACGUCAAUGCUUAUAUGAAACAUAGGAUGGGCGAUUGUUCAGCGUUGGUUGAUUUUGCCACUGUAUUUUUACAAGCCUUCUCUGCAAAUGAAGAGUUGGAUGCAGCCAUCAAGUUUUUGGAUCUAUGGAAACAUAUCCCUGAAGUUCCUGUUGAGAAGGACUCACAAGAGUUUAAGGAGCUAUCAUCCAGGGUUAUUUUCGGUCCAUCCAUUGUAACAAUGACAAAGAGUGAACUUUACAAUUGGAGGAAAGGGCUCGUGUCAUUUAUUAGACAUGCCCUCACUGAUGCCAAAAGUGGUAGCGAUAUUCCUAAGUUAAGACUCAAGGUUGCUUCACUAAUUUUGGAAGAUAAGAAUACAGACAUCUUGUUAAAUAGUUUCUCCAGUUUGAUCACGUAUUUAUUAGAUGUUAUUGAAACAUCAACCAAGCGUCACGAAGAUGCAGAAAUUCUGAAGAAAUUUCAUAAGCUAUUGGGCGAUGUUUUAGGAUUACUGCCAAUUCAAUAUUACUCGAAAUCUGUCAAUGAUAUCCUAAAUGCUCCUAGUACAUCUGUGGAAACUAUGAAGAGCCUUAUCAGUUUAACUGCAGCUAAAUUCAAUCUUGAACAUACUGAAAAUGCUUAUGCACAUGAAGGUAUUGCAUUAUUAAUGCCGACAUUACAAGAAAAAAUCUCUUCCUCUGCUGAUAUUGAACUCUCUCAAGCCUCGUUGGAUACUAUGGCAGCUUUAGUACAUCGUUUUGGUAACAGCAUUGCGUCUGCAAAUCUGGUCAAAUUUUUGGGUGUCAUUUCUGGUGAGUGUGGAUUGGCUAACAAAAACUCUCCCGAGCUCACUAUUUCUUCUAUCAACUGCAUUACAAGUAUUAUUGUCAUUGUUGGUGUGAAAAUGAUCGGUUUGUUCCCCAAAAUUGUUCCUCCUAUAUUCAAAAUAUUUGAGGGAUGUGUCAACAGUAAGCAAGAGUCUGCUAGGUUAAUUCAAAUAUCUAUUACUGUUUUCUUCUCUACGUUGGUAAAGAAAAUUCCAAACUUUUUAACGCCGAAUAUCAAAGACAUUCUGAAAACCCUGCUUAGGGCAAAUUUGGUGUCUGAUUCCAUUAGGUCGAAUGUCUUAGAAAUAGUUGUCGAAUAUAUUGACUCAAAACUGGUCAUGUCUUCUUUAUGUUCCUUGUGGGCUUUUGCGGCUGGUUUGAAUGCUACUUCCUUAGGCUUAUUUAUUGGUACAAUGGAGAAUACGAUUGAAAAGAUGAAUAAGGCUGCUGCAGUCUCGGAAUCAACUUUGUUUUUUAGGUUCCUAACUAACGCAUUGGAAUACCGUGCCAUUUCUGCAUUUGAUUCUAACACUGUGGGUAGGGUUGAAUCUAUGAUUCAUAAUUGUGCAAUUGUUUAUGUUAUGAAGCUUAAUGAUAAAUCUUUUAGGCCGUUCCUUGCGAUGAUUGUCAGGUGGGCUUUUGAUGGUGAAGGUGUGGUCACCGAGAUCGGUGAAGUGGAAAGGUUGGAAUCAUUUUACAAGUUUUUCAAUAAGUUACAAGAAAACCUGAGAGCCAUUAUCACAAGCUAUUAUAGCUAUAUUCUCGAUUCAACUGUCUCCCUUCUUAAUAGAUUUGCAAGUGGUGAGUUAUCAAGUUCAUCUCUUCGGAGGUUAAUUUUGAUUUCCUUGACAUCCUCCUUCAAGUAUGACCAAACUGAGUAUUGGCUUGUUAAUUCAAGAUUUGACUCAAUAUCCGAGGCUCUAACCUCCCAGCUGCAUAACAUUGAAGAUAGCAUUGGUAAGCAUUUAGUUAAGGCCUUAUGUUCAUUAGCCCAAGAUACUUCAUCCUCAGAUGAUCAUAAUAAAAAGCUAAAUGAACUCAUUAUAUCUCAUAUGCGUGUUAUUGGCGAUAAGGAACCAAAUGCAAGAGAAAAAUACUGGUCUGUUAAGGCGCUGACUACCAUUUACAAACGUGUUGGUGAAUCAUGGUUAAGCUUAUUGCCACAACUUGUUCCUAUUAUUGCAGAGUUGUUAGAAGACGAUGACGAUGACAUUCAAACUGAAGUUCGUGAGGGAUUGGCCAAAAUUAUGGAAGAACUCAUGGGUGAGUCUCUAGAUCAUCUCUUAGCAUGA